GUUUGUUUUCAUAGACAAAAGUGUGAGGUCAUCGUUCGGCUGGAGGAGGUUGACAAGAGCAAGACAUGCUUUCAUUUUCAGCUAACAGGAAGCCUGAUGGUAAACUGAAGGAGAAAUCUUGCUGUCGUGAGGAAUGAUGAGGAGUCCUGGAGUUUAGCAACAAGAGCUUGCAGACGAGCCCAUGAAGAAAAUCUGUUCAGCAGAUGUGGUACAGAUCCCUGAGCUGGCGAGAUGGAGGAAGCGUACAGUGAACUGUACCAGCAGUUCCUCCGUAUGAGGUUGCUCUGUCUGAGACAAGCAGCUCUGUUGCAUAAACUCACAGCAGCCCUGCAGAAACAGCAAGGUGCCACUGUUCCCAAUGGGGAGUUGAGUGACUUGAUGUCCAUUCCCGUCCAGUGUACCCAAGAAAUCCCUCUGUUUUUCCACGAAAAGCCACAACCAGUAACGGCAACAGCACUUAACCCUGAAGCUCAGUGUGGCAUCGAUGGCCUGCCCGGGAACUUUGGGACGUGGUCUGAUCUCCUUGCUGAAGAUAUGUCUAAACUCGGUGUGAAUUUGCCUCAGUGGAGAAAGGAGUGUGGGACGCUGGAGCAUUUUGUUGCACCCAUGUCAACCCUGGACUCCGCCAGGUGGCAGGGGGCUUCAUCCACUGAGUCCAAAACUGCAGGGCAAGUGGGUCGUCCAAGCAGAGACAGAUGUCUGCACAAAAUGAUGAUGCCGCUGUCAGACGGUAUCUCUCAAGGCAAUGACUUCCUGGGCCAGUCUGAUGGUUUGCUGUUGUCAGACGUGGCGCUGCAGUCUCACGUGUGCAACUUCUGCCAGGCAGUUUUCCCCGGAGAUACAACCACCAAAGGAGAGUUCCUGCAACAUCUCCACACCCACAUCACCUAGACACGGCUGAUCAAUCUUCUUGUUCUAAUAUACAGUGUGUUAAUGUGUUUGCAUGACAGAGCAGGUAAAAAUCAGUUCAGUUCAUCUUCUUUUUGACCAUAGUGCAUCAUCUGCCUCCGUCUUGCCCUCUCCCUUGUGUCCACCAACUGUCCUCCUUGAGAAUAUCCAUGAACCUUCUCUGUGGUCUUCUUCUUUGGCACCUCCAUCUUCAACAUCUUUUGUCCAAUAUGAUCCCUGCUCCUCCUCUGCACGUGACCAAACUAUCUCACCUUUGACUCUCUUACUUUAUUUCCAAACCGUUCAACCUGAGCUGUCUCUCAAAUAUCAGUUCACCUGAUCUCUGGAAACAAUAUACGCUUUCUUAAUGUGCUCAGAACUUUGCCAAUGGACAAACUGUUAUUUUUUUGGAGUGAGAGUGAAAAAUUAAAAGGCAGAAAUAGCCUUCAUGUGCUCACAUUAUAUGCAAAAGUAUGAAAAAAAGUUUUUAAAAUAUCUCAGUUGACACAAAGGACCAACUAUUGUCUCUUUCAUCUACAGCAGGAAUAUGUAGCCAUGGUUUUAUUUGUCCAGUUUUUGAGAUUUCUGACCACAGACUUUAAAGAAAGUACAUGUAUUUGUUUAUGAUAGCUUAGCUGUAACCAAAAGAAUAUGAAAGUAUCUGCUCCUAGUUGGAAUAAUACCAGUUGUGGAGCAGUAAUUAUGUAAUAUCUUGUUCAUAUUGCUUAAAAUAACUUGUUUCUUCAUCCUAUCGGCACAAUGAAGUUUUAAAAAAAUAUUUUAUUAUUUAGAUAAUUAGUCAUUAAAUGAACAUCCAGUGUACAGGGUUUUUUUAACGUCUGAAGUGGAGCGUAAAACCAAUCAGCUGGCUGCUGCUCAGCUCUAUGGUACAAGAAGAAAGAGCCCAGGCUAAGAAUAGCCUCAGAUAUUUAUGUCCCUAAUUGAUGGUGCUGACAGCUGAUUGAUGAUGGUGCCUCCCCUCCUCCGUUGCCACAUGCUGCUCUCUGAACCACGAUAAAGAAAACCAAUUCAAAUGUGAUCAUUCUUACAUGAUCAGAGAGCUCAGGGACAAUUGUUUUCCCUAAACAUGCACGUGAACAUAUGAGCAGGUUUUGAGGACUUCUAUUCAGAAUGAGUCCACGAUUUUUGAGCUUUGAACUCAGUGUUCAUGUUUAGUGUGUCAUUCUUAUCAUUUAGCAACUGAUAGCUGAGGCUGAUGGGAGUGUCAUGAGCUGAAUCCAUGGAAAUGCACAAGAUCAACCUUAUGGUGGCACUAGAGGAAAAAGACAACCAAAGUCAGUUGUAUAUAACCUGUAGGAACCAUCAAUGUCUGCAUCAAAAUGUCCAGGCAAUCCAUUAAAUAAUUGUUACUUGUGAUAUAUUUCUGUGUGGACCCAAGCGUUAGGCAUUAAUAACUGUAAAGUGCAAUUAUAGCGAUGCUUAAUUUUACGUUUAAUGUUCAGUUAGUGUUAGUGUUUAAUAUUGAGUUACAAAUACACUAACUACACUGAAAUAAACUAAACCAUACAGAUUAUUUGUGGUUUUAAAAUCUUAAA